AUAUGAUUUUCUGAUUUAUUUUCACCCUUGCAGCCGGCCCUCGCGUCUGGGCAAUUGCGAGGUGUGCGCCAGCCAAGCGGCCCGCUACGCCUGCCCCAAGUGCGAGGUGAAGACCUGCUGUGUGGCAUGCGUGCAGAUCCACAAGCGGGAACUGAACUGCGAUGGCAAACGGGAUCGCACCAAGUUCAUGCCCAUCAGCGCCAUGACCGAACGUGAGUUCAUGAGCGACUAUUGCUUUCUCGAGGAAUGCACGCGCUAUACGGAGGAUCGCAAACAGGAUCAGAUCAAGCGCUAUACGCAACAGCAGCGACAGCUGCCGGUGUCGCAGCAUCGACUGCGCAAGGCGGCCCAGGAGCGGGGCACACGCCUGCAGCUGCUGCUGCCCAACUUCAGUCGGCACAAGGAGAACACGACGUAUUUGAAUUGGAAGCAGCGACGCAUCUACUGGCACAUCGAAUGGCUGUUCGUGCAUUCUACAAGCAGCACGUUGACACGUUUUGUGGACAAACACUGCGACGAGGAGCGUACACUGGCCGAUCUGCUGAGCAAGUACCUCGAUCUGUUGCAGGCGGAGGCGGUCGAGCAGCGCAAGGUGUUGCAACACCAUCAGACAGCCGGCAUUGGGCAGCUCAGCAUUUGGCUGCGUGCGGAGGGUGUGCAGCGCAGCGGUCAGCGCUGCUAUCGACUGGCCGCACAUCAGACACUGCGCGCCAAUCUUGCGGGCAAGACAAUUGUUGAGUUUCCUGCCAUUUACAUUAGCUACGAGGCUCGUCCGCCCGCCGGCUAUGACCUCAUUGACAGCGAUGAGGAAGUGGAGGCUGCCAAGUCCAGCAACAAGCGCAGCCAGCAGCCACAGUACUUGGAAGCGCAACCCACAGCCAAGUGCAGCAAGGCAGCAGCAAAGUUAACGCAGCAGCCCGAGGUGCACGAUAUUUAUGGGCUGGCAGGCAGUUUCGGCGCGGACGACAACUCCGCCUCCAGUACCAGCAGCAGCGAUGAGCUGGAGGCGCAACUUAAUCGAGCUUCAGCAAAUACUGCGAAUUAAAUUUAAGAAAAUACUUCAAAACAAUAGAUGUAAGCUGUUAAAUUAAAGCAAGGCUUUGCCAUAGUUGAACCCAAGUUAAGUUGUAAGAGAACUCUGACAAGAAUUCAUGCGCUAUUUCCUGAGGCAACACUUAAUAUCGAAGUGUCAAAGAUAUCAAUCGCCUAAAAAAGUUCGUAAUUUGUGAGUUUGGCUAAAACUAAAUCACAUUGCGAUAUUUUAAAUACUUUAAAUAAAAUAGACUACAAUUUGUGAAUACAA